UUCACCCACACGGCUCACUCCUGUCUCCCUGCCCCAGAUGACCGUCUCCCGAUCACAGCUCCUCUGAGCCGGAGGAGCCGAGGGAGGGACGCAGAGACAGCCCCCAGUUCUGGAGCAUCCCGCCCGGAGGAGUGAUGCCAGCGGUACCCAGGCGAUGCCGGGGGCUGCCCCAGCCCCACGUGUGAGAGCUGAUGCGCUGGGGACCCUGUGCCCCGACCUGAAGCCCGUGUCCCACCCUGAGCCGAGCAUCGGGGGACGCAGAGAGCAGACUGAGACCUGAAUAACUGGAAAGAAAAGGACGCCCUCGCGUCGGAGGCAGCCGGGCGCGCGGCACAGCCCCGAACAUGACCACGGAGAGUUUUGCAGAGUUCCUGAAUAAGCUCAAGGAAAUCCAUGAGAAGGAGGUCCAAGGUCUGCAGAGCAAGCUGGCGGAGCUGACGACGGAGAAGUGCCGUGACGCUCAGAGAAUUGAAGAGUUGUUUGCUAAAAAUCACCAAUUAAGGGAACAACAGAAGGUCCUUAAAGAAAAUGUGAAGGUGUUGGAGAACAGGCUGCGCGCGGGUCUCUGCGACAGAUGCAUGGUCACCCAGGAGCUGGCGAAAAAAAAGCAGAAUGAGUACGAGACCUCCCAUUUCCAGAGCCUGCAGCACAUCUUCAUCCUCACUAACGAGACGAACCGCCUGAGGGAGGAGAACAAAACUCUCAAGGAAGAACUGAAGAGGCUCCGGAGCCUGGAGGACAGGACAAAGCACCCAGGAGUCACCUCCAGAGAAAGCAGCUCCCCCCCCAGCUCCCCCUUGGCUUUACUGUCCCCAGCGAGCAGGAACGCCGGCACUGAGAAAGCAGCCAUCAGGGGAGCAGAAGAAGCCCCCCACGAUGUGUCGGGCCUUGAGCUGGGAGAAGAGAAGCCUGCGGGACAGAGAAACUCUCCAAGCAGCAGGACUUCCCCAGGCACUGUCCUCCAAGAAGUCAGCCUCGCAGAAAUGGCAUCCCAGAGGAUCGCCAACCAGCUGCACGGAACCAUUGCCCUGGUGAGACCCGGCUCCAGACCCUGCCUCCUGGAAAAAAGUCCUUCGGGGGCAGCAGCGUCCCCACCGGCACGGAAGACCCCUCUGCCGCCGGAGCGUGAGCACAGCCCCAUCCUCGAGGCUUAUUUAACAGCAAGCAAUCCGGACUCCCCCAAGGUUGCUCCAUCCUAUGAAAACCUAAAACUGACCGCCCGGAGGGAGCAGCUCUGCCUCCUGCACAAGCACCUUUCCCUGCACCAGCUGGGGCUGGCGAGCAACUGUGCCUCGGCUGAGCGCGACGGCGGCAGCUUCUCCAGCCAUCUGCUCAGGGCCAAAGACAUCGACGGCAGGACGCGGUCCCGUGAUGGCUGGGAAGAUCGGGCAGCCUUGCUGAAGCUCCCUGCCGCCAUGGUGUAUGUGAGGGACCAGCAGCUGGAGGAGAAGCUGCACCUCCUCAAGCAGCGGGAGCGGCUGCAGCAUUUCCUCAUGCAGCGGUGCCAGCCGGGCCAGCGGGCAGACGGAGACCCAAAGCUCAUGCCCGAGGAGCGGCCCCUCUCCCCAUGGCAGAGCAUCACACCAGGAUGCAAGGAGGAAAGGUCCUUCUUGGAGGACGUUGCGGAUGGGAAGGAAGAGAAGGAGCAUUGGCUGAGCCGGGACAUCUCUGAGGUGCGAGAGAAGGCGAAGGCGGCAAGGGACGAUGGUGCAGACGCGCCGCUGGAUCUGUCAGACUCCAGCCGUGGCAGGGACGCGGGCUGGAACAGCCGCCGGGAGCUGCGGGGGGCUGGCAGCCCGCGGCUGAGCCCCGGGGAGAGCCCCGCUGUGCCGGCCGCCCAUGGGAGACAUGGGGCAGAGCGGGACGACUCGUGCUUCCCCUACCACUGGCCCAGUGCCACCCGGGCACUGCCUGGUGCUGCCGAGGAGGAGGAGGAGGAGGAUGCGGCUGUGCUGGCGCUGUCACGGGCACAUCCGACAAACAACACCACGCCGAGCGACCCAGAGGCACUUCCAGAGACCGGGGUGAGACUGGCUGUCAGUGCACAGAAGGGAGAAGCAGAUGAGGAUGAUGCUGAGUCUGGGAAGCAGGAAUCCGAUGAGCCAGACACGACGGACAGCGAGGUGGCUGCCCCAUAUGAAGAUGAUAUCCUGCAAGAAGGCCGGGCUGACGGGAAAUACUUUUGCACCAAAGACAAAGCUCAUGCGCUGCAGAAGAAGAGAAAAAGAGGACAGGAUGCCUGGACAAAAGGUGCUAAGAAGUCAAUGAGAGGAAGGAAGAAAGUCAAAGUGGAGCAGUGCUCAACGGGGACCACGGCGGAGCCAGAGAACUGCUCUGCUUCCCACAACGCUGCCUCCGAGGAGAGCUAACAGUGGAGCAGGAUGAGAAGGGACAGAGAUGCUGCAGACCAAAGGAAGGGGCUUGGAGCCCUCAGCAUCCCACCCAGGCUGGGAGAGCGACUCCUCCUGCCGUGCUGGGCCAGGCAGCGGGGAAUUCAUAAGGACUCACUCCUGACUACGGCACCCUGAAAAUCCUCACUGGGUGCUCCGGGAGAGGCUGGGCAAGGAAGAGCCCUGCAGGGGAUACCUGGAGCAGCCAGGUCACUGCUGGUGGAGCAGCAGGUUCCUGCGCCGGAGCAGCCCCUCAGGCUGGCGCUAGGAAGAGGAGAUGCCCUCUUUGCAGCGCUCACCUUGGAUCAGGACCACGUUCUUCCCUGGGAUUUCACGCAAGGAGAACGCACUACCC